AUGUCCGCCACCACUACCACGCAAACCUCAGCUCCCAAGAUCUCCACUACUCAAGACGCCUCCUAUAUCCCUCGAGGCCCUGUGACAGCGUCCUUAUCAUUCUACAAAGCACCAGAGGAUGGCUCGAAGCCCUUCUACUUUGUCGAAGAGCCACCCGAAGGCCAGCCACAGCGCAAUUUCGAUGAUGAGUACCAUGACGUCCAGAUGAACGAUAUCCGUGGCCAUGAAUCAGAUUUCAGACUUGACGUCGACGCCUUCCAAACCUUUCAAAACAUACCAUCAGAGGAGAAGGACUUUGCCGAUGAUGAGCAUAUAAAACAAACCUACUACCCAGAGGUGGAGAAGCUACUUCUAGACAACGUCCCUGGUGCACACAAGGUCGUCCUCUUCGAUCAUACAAUCCGCAGAGCAGCGCCCAAUGCAUCUCGUGCUCCCGUCAUGAGAACGCAUGUCGAUCAGACCGCGCGCUCCACGGAGUUGCGCGUCAGGCUGCACUCUCCCGACGACGCAGAUGAGCUGCUCAAGGGUCGAUAUCGCAUCAUCAACGUAUGGCGACCGCUGAACGGCCCCGUCCAAUCCUUCCCACUUGGAUUUGCCUCGGCCGAUACCGUGGACGACAGCGAUCUGAUCGGCGUGGAGCACAGAUACCCAGAUAGAACUGGAGAGACUGCUGCGGUGCGGUUCAACCCGAACCAGAAGUUUUAUUACUGGAGCGGUAUGACGAACGACGAGAGGCUGUUCUUGAAGUGUUUUGACUCCCAACAAGGCGUGGGACAGAGAGUCCCACAUACCGCUUUUGUGGAUCCGAGAACGCCUGAGGGUGCACCUGGGAGAGAGAGCAUUGAAGUCCGCGCGUUGGUAUACGGAUAG